AAGGCCCAAACAUCGGGGGAGGGGGGGAUUAAGAGAAUAUUUACAGCAUUCUGUCCAUAUUUUCAACUGACAUUAGAAAAUCUGAUGUAUCCCCUGAUGUUUGUCAAACUCUUGUGUUUUUUAAGAAACAAACGUCAGAAUCCCUCGUUUUCUCGUCGGCGUGUUAAACCAGCAGCUUGGAGUUUCAAUGGCAGCUCGAAUGCAGACACUCGCUCAGCCCAAACCCAACCUUUGCAGAUAUCCAGAUCGCCGAUCUGUUUACUGGCUGGAUAAACUGCCACGACACAGGACUGAAUCCACUACAAAAAUUGAGUUAACACCUCGUUGGUCCGACUUAGCCCUAAGUAAAAUGUUCUACCAUCAAGUCGUAAUCUCUCCCAUCUGGGAGGUGAGUAGAUGGGCUCUCAGGGCCGUGCCGUCGGAGCGGUUGUGUGUUCUGGCCCAGCCUCGAGCCCCUGCAGCAGGCUGGCAGCCUCAGCGCCCUCUGCCCACUCCUCUGAGCAGAGGAUCACAGACAGCCGUGGCCUCCUCACGGCUCUGCCAGCUCGCCCAGGCGAAGAGACGACAGGUUCAGGUGGGACCCAGCUGCGGACCUAAACCUCGACCCAAAACCCGCCUGCCAUUAAAAGCCUCUGCUCGUGUAGAGCUACUGGCCGCCCCAAAGCAAAACCAUCAGAAGUGGGAAGGAGAGCGCUCAGUGUGCUGGCCCGUCUCCAGAGCAGCCAGGAGCUGCGUAGCUACACAGAGGGUGGUUGAGCUGUCCUGCCCUAAGACGAGGACCGCUCUGUUCCAGGGUUAUGACCCGUACGUUGUUAGCCGGGCAGCUCUGUCUGCCAGCCCCACUCCUCGAGUACAGGAACUCAGUCUGCCCCUGCCCCGCAAAUGUAUCUCCAGGGAAUAACUCCGAGGAACUGUCUCCUCUCACUUCAUGAGAUCGAGUUUGCUUCAGAUGACAAAAGUUUCCCGUUUGUUGUGAUAGAAAUACACGAGUCAUCUGUUUUCAUUUCUCCCCCUUGGACUUGCUCCUCUGCAGUGUGUAGCCUGCAGUAUGACUGGUUUCCUCACGACUUCAUUCAAACUGAAAUAAAAAGCUGCAUUAGUCUAAA